AUGCAUAAAUCGGUAUUUCGCUCAGGGAAUGGUUUUGUGAAGAAUGCCUCUAGAUCUCUCCACUCAAGCACGGUGCCCGUGAAUGCUACUCAAAUUACUACUCUCCCCAAUAAAAUUCGCGUCGCCACAGAUCCGACCCCAGGCUAUUUCUCUUCAAUUGGCCUGUAUGUCGACGCUGGCUCGCGUUAUGAAACUCCGGAGACCUCUGGAGCUAGCCACUUUAUAGAUAGGCUGGCCUUUAAGAGCACGAAUAAGCGGUCAGCGGAAGAAAUGGCGGCUGCAAUGCAUACUAUGGGCGGUCAAAUUAUGGCAGCAUCAUCUCGAGAAACUAUUAUGUACCAGUCCUCCCAGUUUUCCAAAGCAACCUCGACCGCUUUGGAAUUAAUAUCUGAGACGGCCUUGAAUCCUUCAUUUCUUCCGGAAGAAAUUGAAGCACAACGUGAUGCUGCCUUUUAUGAGGUUCGGGAAUUACAAGCAAAGCCGGAAAUGGUUCUCCCAGAAGUGCUACAUUCCGUGGCGUAUGGAAACAGAGGAUUAGGGAAUUCUAUUCUUUGUCCCGAAGACCGGAUAGGUGUAAUUGACAAUAACAUAUUGUGGCGGACCAUGUCAGCUUGGUAUCAACCAGAGAACAUGGUUAUUGCUGGAGCAGGAAUAAGGCACGAAGAACUGGUUGAGAUGGUCGACAAGUAUUUUUCAUCGCUAAAAGCUAGCCCAUCCUCUCCCUGCGUAUCUACGUCCAUCCCAACAAAUCAAAAUCAACGAUCCUUGCCGAAUCCCCAAGUUCCCGUAAAUUUACUCGCGUCCUCUGUAAAUCCAGUGCGGAAGUCGCUUUCUCGCGCUGCUUCAUAUCUUUUCCCUAAUACCCCAUCCGACUCUAUUCUGGAUGCUUCCGUCUCCCCGUCAUCUUCCUAUACGGGUGGACACAAGUUCAUUCAUGAUUCCAAGGGUGAUUUUGAUCAUUUGUAUAUUGGUUUUGAGGGAGUAGGAAUUCAUGACCAAGAUAUUUAUGCUCUUGCCACUAUGCAAGUACUUCUCGGAGGUGGUGGUAGCUUUUCUGCAGGUGGACCCGGCAAAGGAAUGUAUUCCCGACUUUACACUCAUAUUCUUAACCACUUUUCUCAAAUCGACCAUUGCGCGUCGUUCCAUCACAUUUAUACGGAUUCAUCAUUAUUCGGGUUAUUUGCGUCGUUUGUCCCCGCUGCAUCAGGGCUGCGCGGUGGCAAUACGCCAUCGCAAAUUCUCCCUCAUCUGGUACAUCAGCUAAGUUUACUAAUGUACACCACUGUUCCAGCGGAAGAGUUAACUAGAGCAAAGAAUCAGCUCAGCUCAAGCUUGAUGAUGGCAAUGGAGAGUAGGGCGAUCCAAGUAGAGGACCUUGGUCGACAAGUGCUCGUGCAUGAUCGUCCAGUACCUGUCACAGAGAUGACAGACAAAAUUGCUCUCGUCACUGCUGAAGACAUCACACGGGUAGCCGCCAGACUCUUCGGUCCUCGUUCGGGAAAUAAACCGACCAUCGUCUGCCAUGGGCAUGAGGACGUGGGCAACUGGCAAUCGACGUUUGCGAAGUACGGUGUCUCCUCUUCCUCAUAG